GAAAUUUAGACGCAUCAAUUAUUCUCCCAAAAUCUCGUAUUCGGCCUGGGAGUAGCUACCAAUGAGACACACAUCUACAUAAGCGAAGUUCCAAUGGAUUACGGUGUUUCGCGGCGGCACACCGCGGUGGAGAGGUUCAGUGAGGUGUGUCGGGAGGUGUUAACUGAGCCGGAGCGCCGGGGUCUGUACAAACUCCUUAAUGACUACUACAAGCGGCGGAGGGUGGAACGCCUCAUCCCCGGACUCUUCAAGGUCAUUCGGGAGGAGAACCGCAUGGAGGUCAUCCAUGUUCUCCGUCGUCUGGUUCCGGUCGCGCACCUGCAAGAGUUUGACCGACAGACGCGCCAGAGACAGGCUAGGGGUCAGCUCAAAACCUUUUUCUGGGAAGAAGAGGAUGACGGGAUAGGCACCACGGUCAGCUUCAGCAGUGAGAGUGAAUCGGAAGAAGACUGGGAGCGCGGGGAAAUCCGUGACGUCACGUUACUGAGGGACGGAGCUACACAGGGCCUAGGAUUCAGCAUCAGGGGCGGGUCAGAGCAUGCGCUAGGGGUGUACGUCAGCGAGGUCAUUCCCGACUCUCCGGCAGAUCGCGGUGGGCUGGAGGUGGGGGACAGGAUCCUGGCCGUGGACGGGGUCAGUCUGAAGGACAAACCCAGCAGCAUUGUGGAAAGGCUGCUGACCCGCGGACCAGAGGUCACUAUGACAUUGAAAUGGACCGGGCACCUGCCAAAAUGGCGACUGGUUAAAGAAAAAACAGCAUGGUUUGACCAUGAGAGAAAAACAGUGGUGUGCGGAGAGUUUGAAAAAUGCGGCUCUGUUCACUACAUCAAAGGUUUAGACAUGGAUGUCCCCGAGAGACGAGUGACCCUGGUCAAUAACGGAGUACUGGGGAUGAACAUCAGGGGUGGGUCAGAGUUUGGUCUGGGAAUCUAUGUGUCAAGCCUUGACCCAGGGGGACAGGCAGAGAGUCAGGGAGUGAAGGUCGGAGACCAGAUUGCAGAGGUCAAUGGUGUAAAUUUCGAUGACGUCACACACGCCAAGGCAAUCGAAGUCCUCACAAACCAGGAUCACAUUAUCAUUACGUUAAGAGACGUCGGACGUUAUCCAGCGUUUAAAGAAGUGUAUGGGAAAUAUUCCUGGACCAAGGGAAACCUUAGAUCUGGAACCCGCAAACACACAGGACUCCAUGUAAAGGUUCCGGUGGAGGUUCUGUCACAGCGAUCACGUGAUACUAUCUCUGAUAGCGCUGUCAAUGGCGGACUUCCGCUUCAAUCAGAAAUUUACCUUCCGAGCGCAAGCCAGGGAUCGAGUAAAGAAAAGAUAUCUAUUCACACUGACAGCGACGUGGACGAUUUAGAAUUUGUAAACUUAGAAAUGUGGAAACAUGCUGAAGUGUUCCAAAAUCCUGCCUUCAACCCAGAUAUCCGAAAGAACGGAUAUACUUCCAGUAACUAUGACGAUGAAUCGGCUACGGAUGAUGGCUCUGGGGUAAAAGGAGAAUAUAGUAUGGACCUGAAUAGAAUGGGGAUGGAGGAAUUUGAAUUAACCGACAUGAGAAACAAACGAGUGACUUUAAUGGAAACAAACAGUGAAACAAGGUUCCAGACAACACCAAGCCCCCAAACUGAUGACGCAAUACAUAUUGUCAAGCCAUCAUCGCGCCAUAUUGUAAUGGCUGAGGUUAACAGAGAGGAAGUGAUUUAUGUGUCAGAAAGGUCACACGGCUCAGACACCUGCUCACUGAACUUGAGCUGCUCACCGGAAACUCGACGUUACACUGCCUGGUCCGACGACGACGAAAAAUCCAACCUUUCUGGGGACGGCGAGACCGUCAGCCCGGCAUCUACACGGAGGAGUCACAUGGAGGACUCGGACUGGGGGUCGGGAGUGAAUAGCCCGGAACUCACCAAUAAGUAUAACGUUCACAACAUGUCACCGUCACCCGUGUCCAGCAUCAUUUUACAUGACGUCAGCAACCACGAGAGCCACGUCGAGGACGAGGCUGAAGUGAAGGAAGAGAUGGAGAGCGCACACGCAUCUCCAAUUCAUCAGGACGUCUCUGUUAACAGACAAGAAAGUACUGGUUUUAUAGUGUAUGACGAGGAAGAUGUCAUGAGAAGUUUUGACAGACAAAUAAGUGAUUUGGAAGAGAGAUAUUCCGGUUUCGAAAAUAAUGAGGAUUCUGCAAAAGAAGACUCCAUGAGCUUUUCAACGCAAGAUGUACUUAUAGAUGAAAGCGAACUGUCAAUUUUGCAGGUAGAAACGCAUGGUAACUCUACCGCGAAAUCCAAGCGCCAUUCAGUAUCAUUUGAACUAACCGAUACAGAAGAUAAAACUGGAGAAGAUGACGAUGUCGAUGUUGGACGAGCACGGCAGACAGAUAGACACACGGACGGAGGGACAUCGCCGAUGACAGAGAUCUCAGGAAGCCCGAGGGUACCAAAGUUUUCAGCCAAAGCCUUCAGUAAAGAUCCCACUUCAAGAAGCCGUGCUCUUGGAAACUGGAAGAUUCUAAGAGACAAAGUAAAGGGGAGUCUACGGAUCAAGCCCCUCUCACGCAAAGGGUUGGAGGAAAGAUUAAAAGAGGUGUCAAAAGAACAGGAUCAGUCGGGGAGGAGUGUAGUAUCCUCCACAAAGUUCCACAAAACCACUGUCUCCUCCAACAGCAUCAAAACAUUGGAGGAAGCGGCCAAGAGGUUCCUGGAUUCCGGAGAGUUGUCCAGCAUGCUGGCACAGAUCAGGAAGUACCAUGAGACCCACGACCUGGACAGGUUACUUGAAGUCUUGCUGGCGAUGCUGGAUACCCCCGAAAAAAUCCUGCUUCUUAGAGAAAUCAGAUCUGUCAUCUACCCAGUGGACAUCUACAGGUUCGAGCUCUCCGUCAGUCGGUACGAAACCGAGGCUUACGAGAAGCUGUCCACCAAACUACACCUGUACCUGAACCACGAGAAGGACAGGAAACCCAGGAAACACCUGCUGCACACCGAGACAGACGCCAUUCCGGAAAUGGGUUACGCAAUCGAUGAGCACGGUCAUUUCUACGUGAAGUCGGUGGAGCAGUUUUCCCGGGAGCAGGAGAUGAAGAGGACCGUAGUGGAGGCACUGUCUGGAGCCAGGGACAGCUACAGACAGACAGUCACACCCAAACAGAUUGACACAUCCAGGGGAGAUUCCGGACUGGGCAGUGGGACAGCCUCGAUCCUGGAGGACACUAGAAGCGACAUUGGUUCCUUAGCGUCAUUUGAUUUAUCAGCACGAAAAACAAUAACAGCCAAUAUUUCUAAAAACAAACAGAAUCUAGGAUUGUGUGUGUCUGGGGGGAUAGAGAGCAGGGUACAGCCAGAGAUCAAGGUGGAACAGGUGUUGGAGGGCGGGGCGGCGGCGGAUGAACCGGCGAUACAGCCGGGGCUGGUGAUCCUAUCCAUUGACGGACAGUCCAUGGUGGGAGUGAGACACACGGUGGCCGUGGACGCCCUCAGGUCGUCCUUCAGCAACAAGCGGAGGGUCAACAUGACGCUGGUCCUACUAAACCCCGACACGUGAUGAUCACGUGAUCGGAGAAGAGAAACCAUUACAUCACGAUAACUUCUAUCUCGUUAACAUAAUGCUGUUACAAUAGCUUGAUUUCUAUAUUCGAUUUACUUUGAAAAUUCCAUUAUUGUUAUUUGUCACAUGUUUACUUAAAAUCCAUAUGGAUGCAUGCAUAAACAUACAUUUUAGCUAUACUUAUAUAUAGUAGAUAUGUAGAUGCAUAACAUCAUAAACUCUUUCUUAGAAUUCUGUGAAUGAUUUAGCAUUUCCUUUUGUAAAGAUCCUAGCAGUUAUUUAUAUGUUAAGAAUAGUAUUUGUAUGUAAAAAAAAUCUAGUCAUUUAAAUUUAUGUAAUAUUGUAAUGUAGCAUUUUACGUUUUAUAAAUACAUAUCUAGUAUAAUUCAAGUUAGAUUACAAACUACAUGUAUCCCUCUCGGGUACUCUUGCGCAUGCUUGUAUUGUUGUCCUACAAUCACGUGUUUGUCCUCAGCGAGAGGCAUUAUGGGACCAGGUUUAUCGUUGCUGUCCUGUCUCUUCAUUAACUUCGUCUUUUCUGUAUAAACUUCCGUUGCAAACUUUCACCUUUAACCUUUGAACAUGAAAUAUCUUUCAUUCAUAUAUUAUACAUUUGCAUAUUGUGUCAUUAGACGUAUUCUCGUUCACAUUGUGUCUUACAUCAUUUGUAACGGAAUAAAAAGAAAAGACAAAC